CUCAGUUGAGAGUGAACUGUUAUGAACAUAGUGUUGUGGGUCCCGUGAAAUAUUGUUAAUUUUAAGUUACUUUAUUUUCAAUUUAUGUGAUUUCAACGUAAAUCGUUUAAUGUUUUAGAGUUAUAAGUGAUUGAAAGUUGUUGAGCAUACGUGAAAACAGUGUGUUAACAAAUAAAAAGUUACAAAGUUUUGUUAGUUGUGCUGUACGGAGAACAUAUUAUUUACGGGGCCUUUGGUUUUAUGUUUACUUCGUCACUGUGAUGCUUGGCGGGACGGUGGGAGCCGCUUCGCCGAGCGGCGAGGAGUUGCUCACCGUCACCGUACUCAAAGAUGAGCAUGGAUACGGGAUGAAGGUGUCAGGUGACAACCCUGUGUACGUGCAAUCAGUAAAGGAACACGGCGCGGCUUGGCGGGCUGGUCUGCGAGCAGGUGACCGAAUCCUGCGCGUCGACUCCAUACCAGUACAUCAUCACACGCACCAACAAGUCGUCCAGAUGAUACGAGCGAAUCCUUCAACGGUGCUCACAGUUCAACAGAACGCGUCCAGACAUAAGACACCAAUCACAGCUCCAGUGCCCGUCAAUCCUGAAAAACAGAGGCAGUUGGAAGUAUCUAAAGCUCACACAUUUCGCCUGAUGUUGGAUCAAGAACAGAAAUUCAUCAGGGAAUUGAGAAGUGAACUACUAAAAGUUCCGGAUGUCAGGAAGCAAGCCCAGCUUGAGUCUGCUGAGCAACGGUGCUUGAUACUGCAACAGCAAAUCGAUACCAUCAUAGUUUCACAGCCCGACGUUGUCCAACCGGCGACACCUCGCCUCACACGCUCCAAGGACACGAACGACAAAGCGAACCCACCCACCGGCUUCCUGAGCGGUCUGCCUCGAUCACUGAGCAAUCUCACAGGCCAAAGUCUCAGAAACCUGCGCCAAGCGAGGCAGAAGAUGCAUCAAGAGAACCAACCGCCCCUGUUGAGGCAAAAUUCUGAUGACAGACGACUGAAUAACACAGUACCGAUAGUACCAACGACGUGCUUAGAUAACUCCCCGCCCCCACUGCCACCCAGGUCCAUUGAGAGGCCGAGGAAUCCUCUGAGUCCAACCUUCACAAUCAACCCACUAUCCCAGCCGAAGCCGUCAGUCAGUCAACACCAUUAUAAAGGCAGACAUCCAUUCAAUUCAUCCGUGUACAGAGAGGAGUUUAGGAAGUCUUCACAUUCACUGGAUGGGGAGCUGGAUGGACCGCAGCCAAACUCAAUAGCUAUGCAAAUGAGCUACCCUUUGGUCAAUAUGCCACCACCACCUCUGCAGACUGACAGCUGCAGGAAUAGUGCGCCGCCGAUGCACGUGCGGAGUCAAUCCUCGCCGGAACAUCUGGACAACGAACUAGCGAGGUCGAGCGGUGUGAUAGAGAAGGAGGCAUGGAUUCGGGGAACCCCUCCCCCCGGCACUCCACCGCCCCCUUACCCCAACAACAAUGCACAGCCCUGUACAGACCCCCAACGAGCCAUCAUAUCAAUGGAAGAGGAUGAUCCUCCCUCGUCUGAUAACUCGACGUAUUCCGGUCUGUUCUCGAAUCUACGUGCGGUCCGGGACUCGAAGGCGAGGAUGGCGGUCCUUAUCAACUGGCUACUGGCAGAGAGGAGAUGCGCGUGUGCUAGUCUGUUCCUGGUGCUGACGGAUGCGUACCGCGCCGCUGGGCCCGUCGGCACGGCCACGUUGCGGCGCUGGGCCUACGAAAUACACUCCGUCUUUCUGAUGCCAGACGCGGUACUACAUUUAAGCGGCGUGGACGAAAAUAUGGCGAAUGAGAUUGACCACGUCCUCGAGAAUGAAUACGAGAAGGAGGAGUUGUUACGUAAUGUAUUCCGGAAGGCGCGUCGUCAGGCGAAAGACGAGCUCGCGCGGCAGCUCAAUGAGUUUCAGGGCAAGAGGAGGCUCGGGCUGGCGACGCUGUAUGGACCGGAUGACGUCACUCUGCAGCGCUGUAUCGUUGACAACACGCAGGAGGUGGUGGUAGUCGAGAGGAUAAUGUGCCAGCGGCUGAGUACAGUGGCGCGGGGCGGGGCGGGGGCGGCGGCGGCGGCGGGGGGCGGGGCCACCUCCCCCGACACGCACUCGGCGCUGCUGGCGGCCCUCGUCGCCGCGGCGCUCUGUCUCAACUGUCGGCCCGCUUCUGUCGCUGCGGCUGUGGGCGGUUCCCGUGCCUCGUUCCUUCAACGCGACAAAUUGUACAAACAACGUCUCAAGCAGCUCACAAAACAAAACCCGCAACCGUUCGUGGUGCGCGGACAUCAUCUGCAACUGCAGGCGCUGACAUCAGUAGCGCAUUGCCACCAUUGCAACCACGCGAUAUGGGGCUUGGCCCCGCAGUCAUAUGUGUGCACAGACUGUGCGCUCCGAGUGCAUCGGUCGUGCGCCCGCUACGUGGAGGAGGGCUGCUGCCUGGACGGCGAGCAUCACAACAACCGGAUCUCGCGCUUCAUGGAGCGGAUACACAACAACAACCCGCCCGCCGGUCAAGACUCGAGCGACAGGAAGACGAGGAAGGCCAUGGGCACUACCAACUUUCUCAACGCGGAGAGACUUGCGCGCAAGAUGGAGGACGAUGCUGCGUGGGAGAAUGUGACGUCAGCAGUUCAAGGAGAAUCACGGCGCGAGGGUUCAACGGAUGACACGGCGGCCGCGGACGUGGACAAUGAUGUCACAGAGCCCAGCAAGGACCUGCCCGAUAAAGAACACAGCAACUGGCGCGGUGCGACUGCAGGUGCGGCAGCACGUGGCGUCAACCGUGCGGAGAGUUGUCGCGAGCGCGACGCUCCCCGCCGCGGCAAGCACCGCAACGCGUCCGACCCGAACCGACUAACGGCGCAUCACAACCAUGACCUGGAACCCGGAGCGGCGACAGCGCCUUCUGGAAGCUCGAGCAGCUCGAGCUUGUCUUCCAGAAGUAACGAGAGCAACACAGUUGCAGCGGAACAACAAGAAUGGUCGGAGGAGGAAGAGCCGCUGGCAGCCCAGUGGUCGGACAGUCUGCCGCCGCACGUCAGAGACAGCAUCGGGCUUUGUGCCAGGCUAAGGAAGCGUCAAGAAGUCAUUCAUGAGUUAAUAGUGUCCGAGGGCUCUCAUGUCCGCUGGCUCAAAGUUCUGGGAGGUGACUUCCUCAAGCCUCUAGAGAGGCAGCCAGCUCUUCUUCCGGUGGAGGAGCUACGAGCUCUGUUCCCGAACCUGCCGAGUGUAAAGGAGAGGCACGUCCGGCUCUACACGGAACUGAAGAGUGUGAGGAACGAAGCGCCGAACCACAUCGUGCAGAUAAGACCUGUGGCUGACGCCUUACUGAACACGUUAGGUGAUGCGGGAUACGCAUCAUGCCUGUCUCGGUUCUGCCGCGGACAGCGCAUGGCGCUAGAAGCGCUCCGGGAGCGACGCAAGAAGAACAAGGAGCUGCACACAUUCCUGGCCGGGCGGGAGCAGCUGCCCCGGUGUGGCCGGCUGCAGCUCAGGGAUCUGUUGGCGUGCGUCUGGCAGCGGUUGACGAAAUACCAACUCCUGUUAGAGAGUAUACUGAAGACGGUGAACGAAGACGGCGAUGCGUCGGAGCGUGAGAGCGAAGAAGACAUGGCGCAGUUGAGACGAGCCAUCAACACCGCUAAAGAAGUUCUGCACAGCGUAGACACGGCUAUCAGAACCGCUGAGAAUGAGCAUCGUCUGCGGACGAUCCAGAGCAAGCUGGAGGUGCGACUGCCCAGCACGGCGGGCGCUGAGUGGGAUGAGCUCCGGCGGCUGGAGCUGAGCGCGCGGGAGCUGCGCACCGAGGGUGAGCUGCUCGUGCGCACCGACAACAAGAAGAUGGCCGUGCUAGCGCUCAUGUUUGAAGACAGCCUGGUUCUACUUCAGCGAGAGAAUGAUAAGUUUCUUUUGAAGCCGAUUACUCAGCCUUCGCAAAAUGUACUCUUAUCGCCGCUGAUCAAAUGGGAUACGGUUCUGUUCCGGCCGAACGCUGCCGUCCGCAACACAUUCUUUCUCAUGAACAUUAACGGAAUUCAGAUGCACGAGCUGUCCGCCAACACGCCCGCAGAAUACGCAACAUGGGUUCGUCUGAUACAAGAGUCACCGCUGGCUCGGCUCGCCGAAGCUAAGUCCAUGAUCACAUCCCAUCAUCAUUCAAGAUCCGCUGACGACUCAGGGAUAAAUGUAUCCCGCAAUCCAUCAGAUGCAUCGACGAAAUCUGCGUCAAGCGCUCCGCCUGACGACACGUGCGACAGUGACAGAGAUAUCCCCGAAGCGAUACGAGAGAAAGAGAGCACAGACACCGACCUGGAUAGAGCUUCGACGGAUCGAGAGGACAGGGAAAAGGCGUCGGUGGAUAAAGAAGAGACAAAGGAUAACAAGGUUUCAAGUAACGAACCCGCGGAGACUGAGAAUAGACAAGUCACCGUGGGUCGUAUAACAACUCACGUGGGCUUCCCUGAGGAGCAGGGUCUUGUUGAUGCGGGAGCGACGGUGCAAGUAGUGGGACCAGUGGGGGACUUGCACACCGCUCAUACAGUGCUCUCUCAUACAGAGCGACUGAGUCGUCUGGACGAGGCGAUAUCGCGUGCUCUUCUGGCCAAGAGCACCGUGGUAGCUGAAGCUCUCGGCGUCCCCAUGGAUAGCUUUACGCACCUCAGCGAACUAGCAGCUGCCGAUUUGAGCGGUGAGCUCCGCGCUGACGAGGAGUUCUCGGAUGCGGAGCCGGACAUACAUCAGCUGUUGCUGGCUGCGCAGGCGCAAGCUAAUCAACUGACGGAGGCAUUGAGUAAUGCGCUCACAGUGAGCGAGGCAAGCGCGGUGUCAGCCCGAGCCGCGCGUGCGGUACGCCGAGAUGUGCGGCGAGACGUGCGGCGCGACCUCUGUACCGCGUGUGGGGACGCGCCCAAAGAAUUAGAUCAAUCCGUGUCUGUCGAUGAGAUCCCGCUCUCGAAACUCCGCGAAAUAACGUCGGGCGACCAGUUGGACCAGUCGGUGCGCUCGGUCGACCAGUUGCACGACUUGUCGCAAGAUGUGUCACACGGCAUGUGCGAACCAUUAGAGCAAGUGUUAUGUGUGUCGGCAGUGGUGGACGGGUCGGCGGCGGCGCUGGCGCGGCGCCUGGUGCCGCUGAGCUCGGCGCUGCAGGGCGCGCUGGGGCGGCUGGUGGCGGCGCUGCCCGCGCUGGCGGCCGAGCGCCACGCGCUGCGAGCCGCGCUGGCCGCCUGCAGGGAGCGCCACGACAAGCUGAUGACAGAGGAGAUAUCGUUUCCCGGCAUGACUGUGGACCAAACGAUAGAGGACCAACCGAGCAACGGAGGCUGAUCUCUUAGGCCGGCCACACAAUACCGCACUGCGCGCAGUGGGUCACAUACACGAACGAGCGCGAGCGCAGCGCCCCCUGCUGAAAACAGACGCCGAUCAUAUCGAUCAGCUCAAUGUACAUUUUGUAUAAUUUUAUUUUUGUUCUUGUUACCCCAAUGUAAAGUAAUCAAUAUAGUAUUAAAUAAUAUUCCAUACGUAAGUUUAAUAACAUGUAUAGAGAUUCCGGUAUUUUUCACUCGUGUAAAUAUGUUUUUCUUUUGCCAAUCAGAAGUAUUAUUGGACAAUAUAAAAGAUAUGACGGGGGACUUAAGUUUUUUUUUAUGUUGUCGCUUUCCCAUUUACCCCGUUUUGUGAUUGUUUGUGCCCCAAACGGCUGUGUUUGGGCUUAUAGAUUGUUUUAGUUUAGUGUAUCUCUGUCCUGUUUGUAACUACCAAUUGUAUGCCAUAUUCUGAUACUAAUGUACAAAUGCGAAUUUCUGUUUGUGUUCAUUUUAAAAUUAGCAAUCAAUUGUAGCAAAUAUUUCGUUUGUAUUCUGUCUCUCUGUCUAUGUAAUUCUUAAAUACCGCUCCCUGCUUUCUUCGCUUAUAAUAAUUGUAAAAAUAAUUUUGAAAAUGUGCACAAACAGCAUCGUUAUAUAAUUAAGUAUUGCUGACGUAGAUUAAUGAAAUAUAUGAAAGCAGAGGGAGUUACGUCGAAUAUCAAUGCAUUAAUUUGUAAUGUUGUCUUUUUAUAUAACUUCACAGAGAUUGUCAGUUAUAAUUCUUAUUUUCGGACUCUCUUAAUCGUUAUAUAUUUAUGUAUAAUUAAUUCAAUACAUCCUUGUCUGCGCCCAUCUAAUAGGUUAUGUGUAGUUUGAAUGAUUGUCAUAUUGUGGUAAUAAAACUCUUCACAUAAUGUAAAUGUGCCUUAAACAUAUUUUUUCUCGUAAUGUUCGAUAUAAAAAUGAUAAUAAAGUGAUUUCCAGCGUUUUACAAGUGGGCCCCAUGCGGCUCCUUUGACAACUCCUUUCGAUAGAAAAGUUCUAUCGGUUAUUAAAGAUGAACCGCUUUGUAUUGGUAUAUGCGGGUAUUUCGAUGUAACUUUCCCCAGUGUCGUUUGAUUCCACAACACCAAUAUUGUCCCCGGGACCUAAUGAUGCCGUAAUCUGUAUGUAUGUAUAGUACGAUGAUAUUUUGUAUGUGUAGGCUAGCCUUAGUAUGCUUACCAAAUACCAUCCGUUUGUUAAAAAAGGCUCGACGUGACUAGAAUGAGUCAGACAAAUAUAAGCUACGGGCGGGGGCGAAUAUUGCGGGCGGACUUUUAUCAUUAUUUUUGUAUAAUAAAAGAUAUAGUGAGAUUCCGAAUUUGAGAAUUCCAUAGUUUAAAACGAAGAAGAAUAACAAAGAUAUGAAACAGCUUAGGCUGUAAACACACGAGCGACACGCUCAAGUCACGUCGAGCUUUACAGCGAGCUUCUUUGUACGUAUUGGAUUUUUAUAAGUAUUGUAUUUUGUAAAUUGGAAAUAUUUGCUGGGGUAAAUGUUUCCAAUUUACCCCAUGGAUGUAAAUGUGUUUUGGGCUCGGCGCAUACGCGAUAUAUUGGUUUGCAUAUUUUUUAAUCUUUUUCGAACCCCAUCUUUGUAGUUUUUAAUGCACUUCGACUUAGAUGAUAACGUUUUAAAUCACAUGGACCGAAUGCUUGUUCCGGUACUAUAAGAAUAAAAAAAUUACCUGUUAGUUGUUACUUAGACAUGUUUAAAAAACAAAUACAUUUAACUUAAAAAGAUUGUUACAAACAUUUCCUACAAGUCACGUUUGCAGUAUCGCGUUAUAUUAUAUGUAGGAUAUUAUUCUAUACAUUAUCUACUAUUGGUAUUCAACAAGAUUGGAGAAAGAGUUUUGUUGAAAGGUUUUAUCUUUUGCAAAACAUAAUUAAAUAUAUGUAAAGUGGAUAAAAUCUUAACACUUUAAAAGUUACAUUGCCAACUGGUUCGGUGAAUUAAAGUAUUGAAUUAUCUGUCGUUAAUAAAAAACUCACGUGUGGAUCGGGCCCUCGCUAUAAAGGUGUGUGUACACGUUAUUUACCUACAAAACUAUCAUUCCUAUAUAAAUGUACUCGAAAUAUAUUUUAGCUAUUUAUUGUAUUUUGUAUCGCAUAAUUUUUAAGCAGUUUUUGAUGUAUCUACAAACAGACACACACCUACACACACCUCAACCGCUUGCAGACGCUUAAUUAUAAAUCAAGUAUGUAAUAUUAGUUGGUAUCUAAUAAAUGCCCUUGAAGUUGU